CAUCAGUCUCCAGCCCCCCUAUCUGCAGAGGGGACAGUGGGAGAUCUUACAUUGGGGGCAGGCACCACAGUCCACAACGCUACAAGUUGCAGCAAGCGGCCCUCUCUGCACCCUCCUCAGCCAGUGCCCCUGCAGGUGAUCCGGCCAGGAGAGGGUUAUGGUGGGGUAAUGAGGGAGGAGGCGCCUGCUGCUGGAUGCUGAGCACUAGGGGGACCCUGGCUGGCUGAGUCCCCGGAUAAUCAGGGAUUACUGCAGUGACACAGGAAGCACUCCACAGCUUCCCGGGAUCAGAGGAGGAGCUGCUGCCACACAGAGAGGAGCUGGAGGGGGCAGAGGUGGGUGAUCAGCCCCCAGCGCCCACCAGCAUGAGCUCACCCUGUGCAGGAGCCCCCACGAUCUGGCUGAGAUCCGAGUGAUCUGUUUUGUGCUCCCCUUGACCCUGCCAUAUGAGGAUACACCCACGGACAUUCCUGCAGACCUUUCGAUGAUUGAAAGACGUUGGGAGAAUGGCGUUGAACAGCAGGAAGAGUGACUCUGUCACUCACAGCAAUGGCAGCGUCCCAUCCAAAUCGCUGUGUACAGGACCUACCACGGCCUGCGAUGGAAAUCAGCCACCUCCAGCCACAGAGGAGCCACGGGUUAAAGCGAGUUCCAAUGGAUGCCUUUCCCACAACGGUGCGGUCAAACCUUGCUCUAUGUUUCCAGAGCACCAGAGGACUCCAGUCGUUCCCCAGUGCUGCCACCACUGCUCCUAUAACCCUCCUCUGUCCGGCCGGCAAGACUGCAUUCCCGGGAGCGGUGGGACUACGGCGUGUGCAUUGAGCUCUGGGUGCUCACAGCCACACUCGGAAUUCACGGCCAACUCUGUCUGUCCAAACCACCCACCCAUGUACCACCCUGUGUGCUGCGUGCAGCCUUCCCAGUCACUCUGCCUUCACCAGUGGCGGGAACAUUUCCAGCAUCAGCAAGUGCCGCCUCACUUAGUGAACAUGAGAGCUACAAAACCAUUCCAGUUACCCAAGAGCUAUGCCGCCUUAAUAGCUGAUUGGCCCGUGGUGGUGCUGGGCAUGUGUACGGUUCUGAUAGUAGUCUGUGCCCUCAUUGGCAUCUUGGUGCCCGACCUCCCGGACUUCUCAGAUCCUCUUCUGGGGUUUGAGCCUAGGGGAACCGCCAUUGGCCAGCGGCUGGUGACCUGGAACAACAUGGUGGAGAAUACCGGAUAUAAGGCAACGCUGGCUAACUAUCCGUUUAAAUAUGCAGAUGAGCAAGCAAAAAAGUACCAUCAGGUUGACCGAUGGUCGGAGGAUCACUAUGACCGGGAGAAGAGACAGGCUGACUGGGACUUCCACAAAGACAGCUACUUCUGCGCAGUGCCAAACGACCAUUAUUCCAGAGUGGUUUUCACGGCGGUGGAUGGGGAGAGUCUGUGGAGUUUGCCGGCCAUUAAGUCCAUGUGCAGUAUAGACAAUACCAGGAUAAGAUCCCACCCGCAAUUUGGGGACUUGUGCCAGCGGACCACUGCAGACUCGUGUUGCCCCAGCUGGACCCUUGGGAACUACAUUGCCAUCCUCAAUAACAGAUCAUCAUGCCAGAAGAUUGUAGAGCGAGACGUCUCGCACACGCUCAAACUGAUUCGCACGUGUGCCAAAUAUUACCACAACGGGACGUUGGGAUCAGACUGCUGGGAUAUGGUGGCCAAAAGGAAGGACCAGCUGAAGUGUACGAACGUGCCGCGGAAAUGUACCAAGUACAACGCCGUCUACCAGAUCCUUCACUACUUGGUGGACAAAGACUUCUUCAAUCCAAAGAACGUGGAUUACACCACCCCGGUUCUACGGCACAGCAUGCUUUUCUCCCCGACGGAGAAAGGGGAUUCCAUGAUGAACGUUUAUCUGGAUCACUUCGAGAAAUGGAAUUGUUCCGACGGUGUAACGGCCAUCACAGGAAUAGAGUUUGGUAUCAAACAUAGCUUGUUUCAAGACUAUCUCCUUAUGGAUACCGUGUAUCCGGCUAUCGCCAUAGUCAUUGUACUUUUGGUCAUGUGUAUAUACACAAGAUCGAUAUUUAUCACGCUAAUGACCAUGUUUGCCAUUAUAAGUUCACUGAUUGUAUCUUAUUUCCUCUAUCGGGUAGUAUUUAACUUUGAGUUCUUCCCCUUCAUGAACCUCACUGCACUGAUAAUUCUCGUUGGAAUUGGGGCAGAUGAUGCUUUCGUCUUGUGCGACGUCUGGAACUAUACAAAGUUUGACAAACCUCACGCAGAGACCUCCGAGACUGUCAGUAUCACUCUGCAACAUGCUGCUCUCUCCAUGUUCGUCACAAGCUUCACCACCGCCGCGGCCUUCUACGCAAACUACGUCAGCAACAUCACCGCCAUCCGGUGCUUCGGAGUCUACGCUGGCACAGCCAUAUUGGUGAAUUAUCUCCUCAUGGUCACGUGGCUUCCUGCCGUAGUUGUCCUCCAUGAACGCUAUCUCCUCAACAUCUUCACCUGCUUCAAGGGUCCCCAACAACGGCCUUACAACAAGAAGAGCUGCUGGAUUGUAAUGUACCAGAAGGUACAAAAGUUCCUCUUUGCUGUUUCGGAAGCAUCGAGGAUUUUCUUUGAGAAAGUGCUGCCAUGUAUUGUUAUUAAAUUCAGAUAUGUUUGGGUGUUCUGUUUUCUUGCAAUAACCGUCGGUGGAGCGUACAUCGUCUGCGUUAAUCCAAAGAUGAAACUACCAUCAUUGGAACUGUCCGAGUUCCAGGUGUUCAGGUCCUCUCAUCCCUUCGAACGAUACGAUGCAGAGUACAAAAAGAUGUUUAUGUUUGAGCGGGUCCACCACGGGGAGGAGCUCCACAUGCCCAUCACAAUCAUUUGGGGGAUUUUCCCCGAAGACAAUGGGAAUCCCCUAAAUCCAAAAAGCAAGGGCAAACUCAAACUGGACAGUAGCUUUAAUAUUGCCAGCCCUGCCUCGCAACGAUGGAUUUUGAAUUUUUGCCAAAAGUUAAAAAACCAAACCUUCUUCUACCAAACCAACGAACAGGACUUCACCAGCUGUUUCAUUGAGACCUUUAAACAGUGGAUGGAGAACCAGGACUGCGACGAGCCUGCCCUUUACCCUUGUUGCAGCCAGUCUGGAUUUCCUUAUAAACAGGAAGUUUUUGAGCUCUGCAUUAAAAGAGCCAUCAUGGAGCUGGAAAGAAGCACCGGUUAUCACUUAGACAGCAAGACGCCAGGUCCAAGGUUUGACAUCAACGAUACCAUCCGAGCUGUCGUUCUAGAAUUUAAAAGUACUUACCUUUUCACCUUUGCCUAUGAAAAGAUGCACCAUUUCUACAGGGAGGUCGAUGCCUGGAUUGCCAAGGAACUAGAGUCCGCUCCCGUUGGCCUCAGCAAGGGAUGGUUCGUUAGCAACCUCGAGUUUUAUGAUCUACAAGACAGUCUUUCUGAUGGAACGUUGAUAGCCAUGGGGUUGUCUGUCGCUGUAGCUUUUAGUGUCAUGCUCCUUACCACGUGGAACGUAAUUAUAAGUCUUUAUGCCAUAGUUUCCAUAGCAGGCACCAUAUUUGUGACCGUUGGUUCUCUUGUCCUCUUAGGCUGGGAACUAAAUGUGUUAGAAUCUGUCACCAUAUCCGUUGCUGUGGGCCUGUCGGUGGAUUUUGCAGUACAUUACGGUGUUGCCUACCGUCUCGCUCCAGAACCGGACAGGGAAGGCAAAGUGGUCUUCUCACUCAGCCGCAUGGGUUCUGCCAUAGCCAUGGCUGCGCUGACCACCUUUGUGGCCGGAGCCAUGAUGAUGCCCUCAACGGUUCUAGCUUACACCCAGCUGGGCACCUUCAUGAUGCUUAUUAUGUGCAUCAGCUGGGCUUUUGCCACUUUCUUUUUCCAAUGUAUUUGCCGUUGCCUCGGACCUCAGGGGAGCUGCGGUCAAAUACCACUGCCAAAAAAAAUGCAGUUCAAAGCUUUUUCCCAAGCGUUGUCUUCUAGCACUGCCGAAAGAGGACAGAACAAACUGAAUCACAGUAAUAAAUAUCAGCUGGACACACGAGGUGCAAAGGCAGAAGUAGAACAUGAACAUUAUGAAUUGGAACCUUUAGCCUCAAAUAACUGUAGCACAUCGUGAGGGAUCAUGUCUCAGAGAGAUGAAACCUUCCUCCGAAAUCUGUACUGCGAUUCUGGUUGCACACGCGAUGAUGCGCCUGCACUGCCCUUUGUUACAAUAAUAGCGUGUUAGUGAAGUUUCGCUGGUCACAGACUUGUGUAUAAGGGACCAACAAGUAGUCGUCAUAACUGGUCUUCUAAGUCUAGCAUUGAAUGCCAACUUGGCUGGCCAACUCUGCUCCACAUGCGAGAUGAGAGUUGGUCAACUCGACACAAAUGGUACGAUUUGCCAGACAAACACAUCUGUAGUCAACGGCUGACGAGACCUUCAGACCCACCCAGUUAAAUCUUACCACAGUCCAGCAGGUUUGGAGCCUUGGUGGCCAGUGAUUCCAGAUUUGACUUUUGCCCAAGCGUGCUGAAAGAGUGCAUUGGAAUGUGUGGAUAGCUUUAAAUACUUCCACCGCCAAGAUGUAUACAAACCGAUUAUUCGCCCGCUGUACUAUAAUUUAUUAACAGAUGUCUGUGUCCCAAAGUAAGCCAACUCUCAAUUCCACUGGCUAUACCCAUGUUGGGUGCCAGUCACAACGCACACGGGUCACCAAUGCCCUGGCCUGUUUCUUCAUUCACACAAUCUUUGCAGAACGGAAGACAAGUUUCCAUAGUUAUGUUCUCAUCCGCUUUUAUUUGCCAAAGUAUCAGUUUAAAACUUUUUUUUUUUCUGGAAAACAUUUUUAGAAAAAGUAAAUUCCAGAUGGGUGAGGAAUGAUUUGAGUAGAGCGAGAGGUAUGAGUGUGUGAAACGAUUAGCACUUCUGUAUUACUGUCCGCCACAUUUCACUCUGAAUGUCAGUUUUAUUACGCCAAAUAGGAAUCUGACGCUAAACUGUACAACCCUUAAAAAGUUGGUGUGUACCGCAAAAACGUGACGUAACUGUGUAAUGGUCAAGUGCAAUUCUUUUUGAUUGUCUUAUGCCAAACAUUGACGCCAAUGUGCCUGCUGUGUUAAGAGAUAUCAAAGUUUAUGUCAAUAAAUCCGUAUAGAUUA